CGGAGGCGUCUGCUCUCACAGCCGCCCGCUCGAGGCCUGCGCCGGCGGUGUCGGCCACCAUGAACCGGCUCUCGGACGACUACGACUCGUACGCGGUUGAAGAGCCCAGCGACGAGGAGCCGGCCCUGAGCAGCUCUGAAGAUGAAGUGGAUGUGCUGCUCCAUGGGACGCCGGACCAAAAACGAAAACUCAUCAGAGAAUGUCUUACUGGAGAAAGCGAAUCAAGUGAAGAUGAAUUUGAAAAAGAAAUGGAAGCAGAAUUAAAUUCCACCAUAAAAACAAUGGAGACUAAGUUAACUUCGCUGGAAACAGGUUCUUCCUCAGGAAAUGGGAAAGUUGGAACAGCUCCGACAAAGUACUAUGAUGAUAUUUAUUUUGAUUCUGAUUCUGAGGAUGAAGACAAAGCAGAGGUAGCACAGGUGACCAAGAAGAAGAAGAAGAGACGACAUCGGAUUCCAACCAAUGAUGAAUUACUCUAUGAUCCCGAGAAGGAUAACAGAGAUCAGGCAUGGGUUGAUGCACAGAGACGAGGUUACCAUGGUUUUGGAAUACAACGGCCACGUCAACAGCAGCCUGUUCCUAAUAGUGAUGCUGUUUUGAACUGCCCAGCGUGCAUGACCACUCUGUGCCUUGAUUGUCAAAGACAUGAAUCAUACAAAACUCAAUAUAGAGCAAUGUUUGUGAUGAAUUGUUCAGUCAACAAAGAGGAGAUUCUAAGAUAUAAAACUCCAGAGAUCAGGAAAAAGAGACGGGGCCAUAAGAAGAUGAAGUCGAACCAUGACGAUGCUACAGAGCAGCCAGAGACAGAAGUGGAAGAGAUAUACCACCCAGUCAUGUGCACUGAAUGUUCCACUGAAGUGGCAGUCUACGACAAGGACGAAGUCUUCCAUUUUUUCAAUGUUUUAGCAAGCCAUUCCUAAGUAGUGCAGUUGGCCUUUAAUUGCCCAGCAUUGUAUAUAAGGCACAUAUGGACAGCUAUUUUUCCCCUGCAUAUUCAUGUGAUUAAGUGACAUUUCAAAUUGUGGAAGAAGCAGUGUUUUAUCUUUAUGGAAGAUAAUGGCUAAUUAACCUUUAUCCCAACCCCUGAAAAAAAAUUUUUUUUUUUCUCCAAUACUGAUGGGAGAGAUUGUUUAUUCCCGUUUUGAUGGUCAUUUGGAAAGUGUGGACUUUUAUUUAUUAAAACUCUUUAGAAUUGAAAUGUUCUAGAAUUACAAGAAAUCAUUGCUUCAGAUGUUAUUUUAAAAGUUAUUUUGGAUAUACGUUAUCCUUGGUGUAAUUAAACUAGAAGUUGUUCUUUUGGCA